GAGCAUGGCGCGGGUUGUUAUGUGUUGGUCCGUCUCCCUGCGCUGCGGGACCAGGAGGUAACAGCGGUGUCACCGCGGGACCGGAGCCGAGACACAGCGACACACUGACGGUUAGGAAGAGACGCGUCGGUUUGGUCGAAAGCCCGACUUAUGGACGACAACCCGGCUCGGAGGGGCGCCGCUCGUCCGCCGAGGAGGGUGUCUGCUGCCGCGGAGGUGGGCGCUAACGUUAGCCUGCAAGAUGGCGAGGUGAUCGAGGUUCACCCAGCCCGAGAGGCUGCGGCUGCUCCGGGCAGAGUGAGCGCUGCUGGCGGGAGGAUGGAGAAGAGGAACUCGGUACCGCAGCCCGUCCACCAGAGGCACAUGCCGAAGGAUGCCCUCAAUUUCCACAUACCGAGGAAAACCAAGGAGAAGAGAGAUCUGGAACAGUAUGUCUCCACUGCGUCCAGGGAGUACGAAGACAUGAUGACCAUCCUGACCUCCAGCUACCUGGACACCAGCUCUGCUGGCUGCUUCACCUACAGCAAACCGCGGCUCAUCUACAACGAGCAGCUGGAGAAAGAGUUUGUGGAGAAGAGGAGGGAGAUGAAGACAGACGGGAGGACAGACAAGGAGCUGGAGGAGAGCUACUGCUUCCUGUUGGCUGAAACCGCAAAGGUGCACUCGCUCUGUAAGGAGGGGCUGCUUGUGGGUCAGAGCCGGCUCAACGUGCUGGGAAACCCCGCUAAAGGAGUGUACCUGUCCAGGUACUCAGACCUGCUUCAGAUAAACUCCAUAACUCCCGGAGCCUCGGGGGAGAUCAUCAUCUACAAAGUGAUGAAGGGGAAAGUGAAGAGCAUGUAUGAAAACAUGAAGAACCUUCUAGAUCCAACGCCGCGCUUCGACAGCCACAUCUCCAAGAACGCCAGCAAAGUCACAUCGCUCACCUCCUACCACGCCUUCGAACUCACACAGCAAUAUUUCUACGAGUAUUCAUUCGACGAGCUGCGGGAGCGGCCUCGUCAGGUUUGCCCGUACGCCGUCGUCUCUUUCCAGUUUAAAGGAAAAGACUCUUCACUUCCCAGCAAACCUCUGGCCCCCAUCAGGUCGAACAGUGAGUCAGCGGAGGGGAGUAAAGAGCGCGCUCAGUUCACAGUGUGGACCGGAGAUUUGGUGAAAGAUGACCGAGUUCUCUUCCAGAUCUCCCUGCGCUCCUUCUCUCCUCCCCUCCUGCCCCACAGACUACCAGAGAAGUUGGAAAUGGGCUGGUUGAUGAGGGUUGACCAGGUGACCAAACUCGUGCCCUCCGAGCUGCUCUCCUACGACCUCUACAGCAGCAGCCAAGAAGUUGUGAAGAACGGUUAUUGCUGCAGUCUUCUGGAGGUGAUAGACAGAAAUCGGUCUACGACCAGCGUGACGCGGCUGCUGCAGGAGCUGGAGAUAAAGAGAGUGGUUCUGGUGACUCCACUUUCAGACAGAGGCUUUCUUGUCCUGUUAUCCAGCGUUCAGAUGGCCACGCCGCCUGAGAGGGGAGAGAGCUGGAAGAGGUGUCUUCAGGCGUUGUUUGUCUUCCCAGAGUCCAGAGAUCUGGCCAAAUUCACAGUAAAGCGUGCCGCCUCCUCCCAUGAUGCCGCAGAGUCACCGAUGUCUGCGAGCACCGUGAUGCCGCGGAUUAGUCAGUUUUUGCCAGCGCUGCACCAUGCCCUGCUCAAAGCCCGCGCCAACCCUCCUCCUGAGCUGUCAGCCGGUGUGGAGCGCCAUGCACGGGAAUACCUCCUCGGCCUGAACGACGGCAAGGUUCGACCAUAUCCAAUGGGCGAGUACGAAUCCAAACUGGAUGAGCAAGGAAAGCUGUUUCCACCUCCCAAACACCACCGCCUGAACAUGGACAGCUACCUGCACUCCUACCUGCUCAACCACUCCUUCUACAUGCUGUCUGUGGCCCGGGCCAAGCAGAUGGUGGAGGCGCACUGUGGCCCCGAGGAGCCACGAGAGGCGAGGCUAAGGAAGAGGGAGUCAACCAGCAACGCUAGAGACGCACAGACCAACAAUCAAAAGAUGCAGCAGCUGAUUGACCUCGUGCUGACCUGUAAGAGGAACGCAGAGAACGAGGUGAGGAGGGAGGAAGGAGGAGGAGGAGGGCUGAAGGUACCGGGGAGGAAGAGGAAACUGGAACAGGAGACGGCAGAGAGGGCGCUUAAGUUCCUGAAGGCGUCACAAGAACCUGGAAGACCCAGCAAGGCUCCUGUUGUGGGAAGCCAAGUCCCUGCCUCUCCUGGCUCUCUUGCGUCUGUGAUUGGCUCGGUGGGUUUGAAGGACGUUGAUCUGAGGGAAGAUGGAUCUGAACUAGCUGCUAAACUUCUGGGUCUGCUAACAGCCCUCACCCAGACUGCCAGGGGAGCGACCGCUCAGAGCCCAUACGAAGUGCAGGAGGAGGCGCAGAAGGAGUACUUUCCAUUCAAUAAGUUGGCCACCAAACUGGGUCUGCCCACCAACUGUGACAUCGACCUGAGGAAGCAGGAGGAGCUGGAGGAGCAGACGGCGGGCAGCGUCAGUAGUUUGGAGGGAUUCAGUCCCAGCUCCCACAGCGGGGAGAUGAAUCACCAUGGAGGUAGAGGAGGAGGGCUGGGGAGAAGAGUAGAUGAAGAGGAGGAGGAGGAUGAGGGGGAGAUCCCGUGGGUCCUCAUUCCCAUUACAGGUGUGUGUUCACAGAGGUACACCUACAGAGACAGAAACAUCCCCCAGGACCCCCGCUUCCAGCACCUCCCCCCAACAACAAGCAUCACCACAACAACCAAACCUCUCAGGAGGAGCCCCACCCCGUCCCCAGAGCGAAGCCCUCCUCCCUCCCCCUUCAGGUGCCCAUCCCCCGAGCCCAGCCCGCUAACUCCCCCUCCCAGUGCCCAUCACCAGACCCCAGUCCUCCCCCUUCACCCUCCCAGUGCCCGUCUCCAGAGCCCAGUCUGCCGCCUUCCCCGUCUCAAUGCCCGUCCCCGGAGCCCAGCCCUCCCCUUUCUCCCUCCCAGUGCCCGUCUCCACAGCCCAGCCCUCCCCCUUCUCCUUCCCAAUACCCGUCCCCUCGGCUCGGUCGCGCCCCCUCCCGCUCAGUGUGCUGGUCCGAGGAGCCUAAUGAGCUCAGCCCGUUUAACAAGGAGCUCAGCAGCGCUAACAAGGAGCGGAUAGACCCCACAGCCUCCAGGGAGGUCACAGGGGUGUCCACGGACAGAGAAGAGAGACUUCAGGGGACUAAAAAGAAGACUGAAGAGCCAUCCAUUUCUGCAGCCAUCCAGCUCUCU